AGGCCGUUCCCGGAAGUUGAUGGCCUUACAGUCGUGGAACUGAUUGGCUGAUCAUGACCGUGCAGUUAGCCAAGGUUUUUCCGAGUUGGUUUGGGUUGAGUUCAGGAGAAGCAUGGCCAGGUCGAGUGGGUACCUGCGCCAACUUCAGGGACCUCUGCUUCCACCCAAGGAUCUGGUGGAGGAGGACGAAGACUACCUAAACGACGACGUGCAGGAGGAUGAAGACUCCGUGUUCGUCGACGCCGAAGAGCUCUGCAGUGGGGGCGUAAAGGCUGGCAGCCUCCCCGGGUGCAUCCGCGUUUUAAUUCCUGAUGAAAACACACAAGAGACAUGUAAAGUGUUGGGACGUUUUCCGAUAACAGGUGCUUGGUGGAGAGUGAAGGUACAAGUAAAGCCUGUGGUGGGAUCAAGGAGCUAUCAAUAUCAAGUUCAAGGAUUUCCGUCUUACUUUUUGCAGUCUGAUAUGUCACCACCAAAUCAAAAACAUAUGUGUGCUCUCUUUCUUAAAGAGUGUGAGGUCUCCAGUGAUGUUAUUAAUAAAUUUUUAACAUGGGUAAAUGAGGUAUCAAACUACAAAAACCUAAACUUUGAAAAUCUUAGGGAAACACUAAGAACUUUCCACAAGGAAACUGGAAGGAAAGAUCAAAAGCAGCCUGCACAGAAUGGUCAGGAGGAGUUGUUCCCAGACAAUGAGAUGAGUCUUCCUCUGGAAAACAAAAUUCCAUUUAGAAAUGUAAUGACAGCUUUGCAGUUUCCGAAAAUAAUGGAAUUCCUUCCAGUUCUUCUGCCUCGACACUUUAAAUGGCUCAUAGGGUCAGGUUCUAAAGAGACGUUGAAAGAGAUAGAAGAGAUUUUAGGUACACAUCCAUGGAAACUUGGAUUUAGUAAAAUAACCUACAGAGAGUGGAAACUGUUGCGAUGUGAGGCAAGUUGGAUAGCAUUUUGUCAGUGCGAGUCUCUUCUCCAGCUGAUGACUGAUUUGGAGAAGAAUGCAUUAAUAAUGUAUUCCAGACUGAAGCAGAUAUGUAGAGAACAUGGACACACAUAUGUUGAAGUGAAUGACUUAACUUUGACAUUGUCAGAUCAUAUGUCAUUUCAUGCUGCUUCGGAGUCUCUGAAGUUUUUGAAGGAUAUUGGUGUGGUGACAUAUGAGAAGGCCUGUGUCUUCCCUUACGACCUUUACCAGGCUGAAAGAGCCAUCGCCUUUUCAAUUUGUGACCUGAUGAAGAGGCCUCCUUGGCGUUUAUGUGUCGAUGUCAAAAAGGUGCUUGCUUCUAUUCACACCACAAAACCUGAGAAUUCAAGUGAUGAUGCACUGAAUGAGAGCAAACCUGAUGAAGCAAGAUUAGAAAAUCCUGUGGACGUUGUGGAUACACAGGACAGUGGUGACCAUAUUUGGACUAAUGGGGAAAAUGAAAUUAAUGCAGAAAUAAGUGAAGUUCAGCUGGAUCAGGAUCAGGUUGAAGUUCCACUGGAUCGGGAUCAGGUGGCUGCUUUGGAGAUGAUUUGCUCCAAUGCUGUGACAGUCAUAAGUGGGAAAGGUGGAUGUGGGAAGACCACAAUCGUUAGCCGUCUUUUUAAGCAUAUAGAGCAGUUGGAAGAAAGAGAAGUAAAAAAUGCCUGUGAAGAUUUUGAACAAGACCAGAAUGCUUCAGAAGAAUGGAUUACCUUUAGUGAGCAAAGUCAGCUAGAGGCGGGCAAGGCUAUAGAAGUUUUGCUCACAGCACCUACAGGGAAAGCAGCUGGCUUACUAAGACAGAAAACUGGUCUGCAUGCCUACACACUGUGUCAGGUCAAUUAUAGCUUCUAUUCAUGGAAUCAAACAGUGAUGACCACAAACAAACCAUGGAAAUUUUCUUCGGUUAGAGUUCUGGUUGUGGAUGAAGGGAGUUUGGUGUCUGUAGGAAUCUUCAAAUCGGUCUUAAAUUUAUUGUGUGAGCACUCCAAACUUUCUAAGCUUAUUAUCCUUGGUGACAUUAGACAGUUACCCAGUAUUGAACCUGGUAACUUGCUGAAAGAUCUUUUUGAGACUCUAAAGUCAAGAAAUUGUGCUAUUGAGCUAAAGACAAACCAUAGAGCAGAAUCUCAGCUAAUUGUGGACAAUGCUACAAGAAUCUCAAGACGCCAGUUUCCAAAAUUUGAUGCAGAACUAAAUAUCUCUGAUAAUCCGACAUUACCCAUCUCAAUUCAAGAUAAGACAUUUAUUUUUGUCAGACUCCCAGAAGAGGAUGCCAGUUCUCAGUCAUCUAAAACUAAUCAUCACUCUUGUUUAUAUUCUGCAGUUAAAACUUUACUGCAAGAAAAUGACUUGCAAAAUGCAAAAACAUCACAAUUUAUUGCAUUUAGAAGGCAAGACUGUGAUCUAAUUAACGACUGCUGCUGCAAACACUACACAGGCCACCUCAACAAAGACCAUCAGAACAGACUUGUGUUUGGAAUUGGUGAUAAAAUUUGUUGUACUAGGAAUGCAUACCUCUCAGACUUACUCCCUGAAAAUAUCUCUGGAAGUCAGCAAAAUAAUGAUCUAGACACCAGUGGUGAAGACUUUUCUGGUACUCUUCAUGAUUUUGCUAAAAAUAAGCAUGACUUUGCUAAAAAUAAGCAUGACUUUGAAAGUAAUGUUCGACUGUGCAAUGGAGAAAUAUUUUUCAUAACGAAUGAUGUAACUGAUGUAACUUUUGGAAUGAGAAGAUCUUUGACCAUUAAUAAUAUGGCUGGCCUGGAAGUAACUGUGGAUUUUAAGAAGCUGAUGAAAUAUUGUCGCAUAAAACACGCAUGGGCAAGAACUAUUCACACUUUUCAGGGGUCCGAGGAGCAAACAGUUGUCUAUGUGGUGGGGAAGGCGGGCCGCCAGCACUGGCAGCAUGUCUACACCGCCGUGACCAGGGGCCGCUGCCGAGUGUAUGUGAUUGCAGAGGAGUCUCAGCUCCGGAAUGCCAUCAUGAAAAACAGUUUUCCUAGAAAAACUCGUUUGAAACAUUUCUUGCAAAGUAAGCUGUCCUCUAGCGGUGCACCUCCAGCAGAUUUUCAGUCCCCACGGAAGAGCUCUGGAGACAGUGGACAACCCAGCACACCAUCAGCAUCUCCACUCCCUGUAGUCACAGACCACGCCAUGACACAUGAUGUCACCUGGAGCGAGGCCUCUUCGCCUGAUGAGAGGACACUCACCUUUGCUGAAAGAUGGCAGUUAUCUUCACCUGAUGAAGUAGAUACAGAUGAUGAUUUACCAAAAUCGCGAGCAUCCAAAAGAACCUGUGGUGUGAAUGAUGAUGAAAGUCCAAGCAAAAUUCUUAUGGUGGGAGAAUCUCCACAAGUGUCUUCCAGACUUCAGAAUUUGAGACUGAAUAAUUUAAUUCCCAGGCAACUUUUCAAGCCCACAGAUAAUCAAGAAACUUAGUUUUAUUUCAAAUUGCUCAGAGUAAGUAUUUUUUCUUUUGGAGACAAAAUGAACAUCAUAGCGUCAAAGUACCAAGAUAAAAAAAGUUGCCCAUAACUGGAGUUUUAAGGUAUUUGUGUUAGCACAUGUUUUAAAUCCAUUUAAUCAAAGAAAAUAUUAAUAAUUUCAACAUAUGUCAUUGUGAGAACUGGUAGCACUGGACAUAAGUGAAGAGAUUAGAUAUUUUAUAUACAUAUAUAUUUUUAUACAAUUAUGUACAUCAAGCCGGGUGCGGUGGCUCAUGCCUGUAAUCCCAGCACUUUGGGAGGCUGAGGCAGGCAGAUCACCAGUGGCCAAGAGUUUGAGACCAGCCUGACCAACAUGGUGAAACCCCAUCUCUACUAAAAAUGCAAAAAUUAUCUGGGUAUGGUAGCACACACCUGUAAUCCCAGCUACUCAGGAGACUAAGGCAGGAGAAUCGCUUGAACCUGGAAGGCGGAGGUUGCAGUGAGCUGAGAUCGCACCACUGCACUCCAGCCUGGGUGACAGAGCGAGACUCCAUCUCAAAAAAAAAAAAAAAAAAAAAUAUGUACAUUAAAACAUGUCGUAUUUUUAGGAUAAUGCCUUUGUAACUUUGAUGAUCGUCGUGUGUUAUCUUUGCCAAUGGGUUGAAGCAGUGGCAAAGAAAAGCUGUAAUUGCAUCUGUAGAUAUUAUUGACAUGCCUCUUAGGAUGUUGGAUUGUGGUCAUUUUACAAGACUGCUGCUCACUCUAUCACUGCUGCCUGGGGCCCAGCCUACCUGGGACUUUUCCUUGGAAAUGCUUUCUGAGUUGGGAGCACAUUGUUUUGAAUAUGUUCCACUUAGGAAUUUUUUUCUCUCACAGAAUGAUUUGAUUUUUAAAUUUUUACCUAUGUUAAAUGGUAAAAGAAAAAGUCAAGAGGAAAAAUGUAUCUGUUAACCCAUUUAUGCGUAGUGUCCAUUAUUGGGACACUAAACAUGUGAGAGCUAUUUAUAUCCCACUGCUCAAGGUCAUUGCCAACGUUGGAUCGCAAAAGUUCAGAAAGUUGCAACCUCAGGCAUAAAUGGUUAAUAACUUUAUUGAGAUAUAAUUCACAUACAUUUCCCCAGUUUAAGUAUACAAUUCAGUGACUUUUAGUAUAUUCAUCAAAUUGGACAAUUACCAUUGUAAUCAAUUUUAGAAUUUUUUUUUUUAAUUUUUCUUUUUUAAUAAUAGAGACGAGGUCUCACUAUGUUUCCCAGGUUGGUCUCUAACUCCUGAACUCAAAUGAUCCUCCCACCUUGGCCUCCCAAAGUGUUAGGAUUACAAGUGUGAGCCAGCGUGCCCAACCUGGAACAUUUUCAUACCCCACAAAGAACCUCACACUCCGGCUGGGCGUGUUGGUUCAUGCCUGUAAUCCCAGCACUUUGGGAGGCCGAGGUGAGCAGAUCACCUGAGGUCAGGAGUUUGAGACCGACCUGACCAACAUGGAGAAACUCCGUCUCUACUAAAAAUACAAAAUUAA